GUGUUUUGAAAAACUUGACUUCCCAUGUCUGGAGCAACGGGGUAAACGAAAGAGCCCAAAAGAAAAACCUGGGGUUCUGCAAGGACUCGCUCACAGACUUAAAAUUGUGGCAUACCGGCAAAAUUGAAAACCUGGUGUAUUCUCGAUGGUCAAAUUCUGGUCAUGGUGUUAGACAUGGCUGGCCAGAAUUUCUUACAGCCAGUAUCAUCAUGGAUAUCUCGUAUGUGUGAAGCCGUUUAUCUGACUGGAGGAUCUACAACCGAAGCUGUUACAAAUAAACCGGAGUCCACAACGAACGGUGACCAAGACUCGGAUUACAGCAAUGAGGAUGAACACAGCCUGGACCAGUGUCACAAAUUUGAAUUAUUCUAUGAAAAUCCACCACUAGUUAUACAUUCUGAUGCUGAGCCAUGGACAUCCGAUGAGGAGGAAACUGUUGAGCAGACACAACAGAGUCAAGUAGAUUCACAAAUAGCGGAACACUGUGAAAAUCCACCACCCUCUGAAAAAUCAUCUAACUCUGCAAUUAGGAUCCGUGGCGAGAGCAGCUUCGCAGAAUCACAUUCUUCAAUACCAGAGGAUGAAGAGUAUGUUAAUAAUCAAUUAAAAAUUCUUUUGAGAGACACCGAAACGCCAACCUUUAGCUCUGCAGGAACAAUUUAUGUGAACAGUUAUGGGGAAGAUGAGGAGCUAACUACAUCUUCAGACAGUGAUGAAGAGGUGUAUAAACAGUUUCAAAUAUCAGUGUCGCGCUCUCAGAGCUUUCGCUCCACAGUGUCUGAAAAGGCAACACAGGUCGGCACUGAGAGCAAGCAAAAGUUCAGCCGCUUGCUGUCAAACCAUGAGGAGCUGAGUACAGAAGCUUCUGAGUGUGAAGAUUUGGAUAUUCUUAGUUACCAGUCGUACAAUGAAGAUGAACAUAUGUCUAUUCACUCCGCCCCGGCAUCGGUGGUUGGUGAACCUCAAAGCGCUUCCAGGCUGGAAGCUGGCUCACUCCGUAGUGACAGUCGUCAAGUCACAGAUGAAAAUCAAGAGAUGGAGACAGCUUUCAGCAACAAUGGUUUUGAAGGAGAUGAAGGUACGGACAGCUCAUCGGGAUGGAGUCCAGAGGAACAACUGGACAGCAACCUUGUGCCUCCCACUGCCCAUGUGCCAAUUUCCAAAUGUGGUGACCUGGAUGUUGUGUUCGAGUACAAACCUUCAAGUCAGAAGCUGUCCAUAACAAUUGUGGAAGCCAAAGAUAUUCCAGAUAAAGAUCGCAGUGGAGUAAACACGUGGCAAGUCCACGUUGUCUUAUUGCCGAACAAGAAGCAGAGAGGGAAGACCGCUAUGCAGAAAGGAGCCCAGCCUGUCUUCAAUGAGACCUUUACAUUCAACAAACUUGAGCCUGAGGAAAUUGCUAACAACGCCCUUCGGUUCCGACUGUAUGCUGUGCGCAAGGUGAUACGUGAAAAGAUGAUGGGUGAAAAAUUGUUUUCUUUAAGAAAUAUCAAACCUGAUGAAGAAAUCAGAAGAACAUUGGUUUUGGAGCCAAGGAGUAACUUAAGUAGUGGUGAUUCCCAGUUAAGUAUUUCUGCCAUAUCUCAUAGUGACAGUGCUUCCUCCUCGCAAUCGCUGUCACACGGUGGGGUGCCCGAGCUGCUGGUGGGGCUGUCGUAUAAUGCUACAACAGGGAGGCUUUCUGUACAGCUAAUCAAAGGAAGUCAUUUUCGCAACCUUGCCAUCAAUAGACCACCUGAUACAUAUGGAAAACUUUCCCUCUUGAACGCUGUGGGCCAUGAAUUAUCACGCUGUAAAACGUCUAUUCGUAGAGGCCAACCAAACCCAGUCUACAAAGAAACCUUUAUCUUUCAAGUUGCAUUAUUUCAGCUCACCGAUGUCACACUGAUGAUUUCAAUUUAUAAUAGACGCACCAUAAAGAGGAAGGAAAUGAUUGGUUGGAUUUCACUGGGUCAAAACAGCAGCGGAGAAGAGGAGCGAAGUCAUUGGUUGGAAAUGAAGGAGUCAAAGGGUCAGGAAGUAUGUCAGUGGCAUACACUACUUGAAGCCUAAGGAACACCGCCACAGUCAGAACUCGCAAUGUAGAAAUAAGGUUGUACAACUUGUUUUGCAAACGUUCCUUGGUCACCAUGCAAGCAAUUGUUGUCACUAUAUCAUCUAGAGGGAUAUAUUUUUUCCUAUUUUAUUAUUUGCAGCAAAAAUGUGACACUGAACAAACAUGUUUGCUCACUGCCAAGUUCCUCCACAAAAAAUGAAACUAUAGGUAUUUCUUAAUAGAGGAAUUAGGAUGGAGAACUUCAUAAGGCCUAUUUGGUUGAUCACCUUUAAUUUAUUAAAGUACAGCAGAAGUAGUAGUGUGUAUACUCUCUGCUUCUGUUUUGGCCAGUUACUAUAGUUAAAGUGAGCUGGUCUGUACUCCAGAUAUAUUAAGCACAAUACUUUUUAAGAGUAUGUUAACAAAUAAAAUGAAAUUAUUUGAUAUUAAAUGUACAUGUAAAAUCAUUUUCUAUGUGGAAUGGAAAAAAAAACAUUAAAUCUUGUCCUAUCAAAAUUUAUUUGCAUAUAAAUAAGGGUAUGAAUCUAAUUUUUAGUAUCCAGAUCAAAAAAUGAUUUUAGGAAUUAUACCUACUGUCAUAUAGUACAGGUUGAGUAUCCCAUAUCCAAAUAUUCCGAAAUACGGAAUAUUCCGAAAUACGGACUUUUUUGAGUGAGACUGAGAUAGUGAAACCUUUGUUUUUUGAUGGCUCAAUGUACACAAACUUUGUUUAAUACUCAAAGUUAUUAAACAUAUUGUAUUAAGUGACCUUCAGGCUGUGUGUGUAUAAGGGCCCUCAUUCCGAGUUGUUCGCUCGGUAUUUUUCAUCGCAUCGCAGUGAAAAUCCGCUUAGUACGCAUGCGCAAAGUUCGCACUGCGACUGCGCCAAGUAACUUUACUAUGAAGAAAGUAUUUUUACUCACGGCUUUUUCUUCGCUCCGGCGAACGUAAUGUGAUUGACAGGAAAUGGGUGUUACUGGGCGGAAACACGGCGUUUCAGGGGCGUGUGGCUGAAAACGCUACCGUUUCCGGAAAAAACGCAGGAGUGGCCGGAGAAACGGUGGGAGUGCCUGGGCGAACGCUGGGUGUGUUUGUGACGUCAACCAGGAACGACAAGCACUGAACUGAUCGCACAGGCAGAGUAAGUCUGGAGCUACUCUGAAACUGCUAAGUAGUUAGUAAUCGCAAUAUUGCGAAUACAUCGGUCGCAAUUUUAAGAAGCUAAGAUUCACUCCCAGUAGGCGGCGGCUUAGCGUGUGUAACUCUGCUAAAUUCGCCUUGCGACCGAUCAACUCGGAAUGAGGGCCAAGGUGUAUAUGAAACAUAAAUGAAUUGUGUGAAUGUACACACAUUUUGUUUAAUGCACAAAGUUAUAAAAAAUAUUGGCUAAAAUUACCUUCAGGCUGUGUGUAUAAGGUGUAUAUGUAACAUAAAUGUAUUCUGUGCUUAGACUUAGGCCCCAUCACCUUGAUAUCUCAUUAUGGUAUGCAAUUAUUCCAAAAUACGGAAAAAUCCGAUGUCCAAAAUACCUCUGGUCCCAAGCAUUUUGGAUAAGGGAUACUCAACCUGUAGUUUGAUAGCUUAUAUUACUGCAUGUAACACAACACGUCUCUAUGAUGGUAUUUUUAAUUAUUUGGAAUGUGUUUGAUACCAAGACUGGAUUCUAUAUUUUCAAACCGCAUGGAAACCAAUAAAGG